AUGAAAACCGCCUCCGCUCGUGGCUUGCGCGGCGCCCCGUCAAUUACUCGGCGCGGGCUUUGCCAAAGGAGCGUGGCGGGCCGUCGACACCCGAUACGAGGCGGCCGGGGUAGGGUUGGGGAAAAUUGGAUAUCGCCCGGGCAAAUAUCCGACGGCCGGUUAGCCGUAUGUUUGUCCGCCCGCGGCGUGUACACACGGGGCUCUAUUGUUCGCCGCUUUGCCAUC